AUGCUUAAUAAAAAGCAGAAAGCUAAAGAAUUAAAUAUUUACAACUAUAAUUAUAUCUAUAUUUUUCUCCUUCAUAGUACAGAAGAAAUUUAUGCUAUAAUCAAUGUUAAAUAUUAUAUUCCACUUAUCAAAGAUGCUUUUUAA